CCUCCACGGCCGAUCGCCAUGUCCAACUUUUACAACUCGCAGCAGCCCAACCAGGGCUAUCCCAACCAGGGAUACCCCAACCAGGGAUACUCCAACCAGGGAUACUCAAACCAGGGAUACCCCCCGCAGCAGAGCUACUCCCCGGGCUCGAAUGCACCGCCCGUCUAUCACUCGGGCUACGAGUCCACCCAUGCACCUCUCAUCAACCCCAAAUACACCACCGCCGGAUCGCCGUUGCCCUCCAAAAUCGUCGAGACCCGCCGAUGGAAUGACCUGUGGGCCGCCCUGCUGUUCAUUCUCUGUCUGGCCGCCUUUGCCUAUGCCGCCUACCUGGGCGUCCCCAAGACGCUGGCGUCGUUCCAACCCGGCCAAGUCACCUCGGCGCGGGGCUUCACGCUGGCCCUCACCGCCUCUCAAAUCGCCUAUCCCAUCGCCAUUCUGCUGGCCGUUUCGGUUGUCCUCACCUUCCUGUGGUUCAUCCUGAUCCAGGCAUUCCCCCGCCAGAUGAUCAAGAUCUCGUACUGGGCCUCGUGCUUGAUGCUCGUCGCCACCGGUGUCUACGUCAUCAUCCUUGGCGGAACAACCAACAUCGUCAUUGGCGUCGUGAUCCUCUUGGUUGCGGCCUUGUAUGCCUGGUCGUACGUGGUCAUCCGAUACAAGAUUCCGUUCGCCUCGAUCAUGCUUGAGACCACCACUUCGAUCUCUCGCCAGUUCCCGGCCACAAUUCUGGCAGGCUUCAUCGGCAUGGUCAUCACCAUUGGCUUUAUGAUUGUCUGGUUCAUCACCGUCUAUGGCAUCAACUUGAUUCUGUCCAACUCCAACUCGACCGUCACUACAUCCACGGGCCAAGUCAACACCGGCGGCAUCGCCACCUACGCCGGCAUCGGCAUUGUGUUCGUGUUCAUGCUCUACUGGACUCUCCAGGUCGUCCAGAACACCGUCCACGUCACCUGCUCGGGCCUCUUUGCAACCGUCUACUUUACCGGCACCGAGAUUCCCGGAUCCAAGAAGAUCCACGUCCCUGUUCCGCAUCCCACCAUGAGGGCGGCCGGCUAUGCGCUCACCACCAGCUUUGGCUCGGUCUGCUACGGCUCGCUGCUGAUUGCCAUCAUCCAGACGCUCCGAUACCUUGCUCGCAUGGCCGAGCGCGACGCUGCCCAGGACGGCAACUGGAUUCUCUGCCUUUUGAUGUGCUGCAUCCAGUGCAUCCUGGCUUGUCUGGAGGACAUCCUCAACUACUUCAACCACUACGCGUUCACCCAAGUUGCUAUCUACGGAAAGAACUACUGCGAAGCUGCCAAAUCCACUUGGAACCUGUUUGUGGAGCGUGGCUUCGAGGCGAUCAUCAACGACAACCUGGUGGACAACGUCAUUAGCCUCGGCGGCCUCUGUGUCGGCGUCCUGAGCGCCCUCGUUGCCUUCUUCAUCGUCGACAUUGACAAGACCAUUCCCCAGACCACCGGCUACUACAUCGCCUACUGCGUCGUUGGCUUCCUCCUCGGCGCCUCGUGCUUCUACUCCAUGAUGAGUGUCGUCACCUCGGGUGUCUCGGCCACCUUUGUGUGCAUUGCCGACGAGCCCGCGACGAUGGAGAAGCUCAAGCCCGAGCUCUUUGAGAGACUGAGAGCCACCUGGCCCGACAUUUCCUGGCCCAUCCAGCGCGUGUGAGCGAGCCAACCGUCACCCUCGACGCCUCCAAGUGUACCUUUUUUCUUUUCGAGUAACCCCAAAACAUGUUUGAGAAUAUAGUUGUUUCAGAAACAUA